AUGCGACGAACGACGGUACUCCGAGGUCAUGGAUGCGGCGCUGUGUUCGAGAGAGCUUCAACAUACUUCUCAACGCCGAGUCCAAUUGCGAAAGUCGUGGCUACUCGACUGACCACCUCAGCAACUCCUCAAAUCACGAAACGAUUUAAAUCUAGCCUCCAUACACCACCAAGGAUACCACCGACACCUACCCAACGGAACCGACCUCUCGCAAGUAAGCUUAUUGCGCAGCCAAAACUAGGCCUUUCGCCGCAAUGGAGACCAGCAGUUGCACAGUUGCGGCCUUUCAACAGCACGUCACAUCUACAAGAAGCACCGAAACCCGCAGAUCGGCAAGAUCUAAUAGAGAAGGAGAAAGCGAAGAGACAAGAGGAGGAGGACCUAAUUGACGAGCAAGCAGGAUUUGCAAGAAGUGAGAAGGCAUCCAAAGCAGCUCAGGUCAACUUGAGUGCCAGGCUGUCUAGCAACAAGGCACCGGGAAAUUCCGCUGGGCUGGGAGAAAUAUGGAGGUUGAUCAAGAUUGCAAGGCCUGAAGCCAAAUGGCUAGGGCUGGCCUUUGCAUUCUUGCUGAUUUCUUCAAGUAUUACUAUGUCGAUACCUUUCUCCAUCGGAAAGAUUCUGGAUUUGGCGACGAAGGAUCCUUCAGAGGGCAGCACUCUGUUCGGAUUGCAAAUUGGACAGUUCUACCUUGCUCUUGGAGCCGUUCUCACUGUAGGAGCAGCAGCGAAUUACGGGCGAAUCAUCAUUCUUCGGAUUGUGGGAGAACGCAUUGUCUCGAGACUUCGAUCGCAACUCUAUAGACGGACUUACGUACAAAAUGCGGAAUUCUUUGACGCGAAUCGGGUCGGAGAUCUUAUUUCACGCCUUAGCUCCGAUACUGUUAUCGUUGGCAAGAGUAUCACUCAGAACCUCUCAGAUGGACUAAGAGCGAUCGUCAGUGGAGCGGCUGGUUUUACUGCAAUGGCUUGGGUCAGCUUGAAGCUGACAAGCAUUCUUUGCUUGAUGUUCCCACCCGUGGCAAUCGGCGCAUUCUUCUAUGGGCGAGCAAUUCGAAACCUGAGCCGAAAGAUUCAACGAAAUCUCGGAACUUUGACGAAGAUCGCGGAAGAGAGACUCGGAAAUGUACGAACAAGUCAAGCAUUUGCAGGCGAGAUCCAAGAGGUCGGACGUUACAAUCAUCAAAUCAAGAAGAUAUUCGCGUUGGGUAAGAGGGAGGCACUCAUAAGUGCGACUUUCUUCAGUUCCUCAGGAUUUCUUGGCAAUAUGACCAUCUUAGCUUUGCUUUAUUCAGGAGGAUCCAUGGUCAAGAGUGGAGUCAUCAGUAUUGGCGAUUUGACAUCAUUUCUGAUGUACACGGCCUAUGCUGGGUCCAGUUUGUUUGGUGUUUCCAGCUUCUAUUCCGAACUCAUGAAGGGUGUUGGUGCUGCCAGUCGUUUGUUCGAGCUCCAAGACAGAAAGCCAACAAUUCCUGCUACUGUCGGAGUGAAGGUCAAGUCCGCACAAGGAGUUAUCAAGUUCUCGAAUGUCUCUUUCGCCUAUCCGACUCGUCCUGCAGUAAACAUCUUUGAUGGUCUCGACUUCGAAAUCCCAUCAGGAACAAAUGUUGCUAUUGUCGGACCCAGUGGUGGAGGAAAAUCCACGAUUGGGUCAUUGCUCUUGAGAUUCUAUAAUCCCACCGAGGGAGCUAUCUCCAUCAACGGAGUGGAUAUCUCCACUAUGAAUGGGAAAUCUCUGCGUCGCCGUAUUGGAAUGGUCGGACAGGAGCCAGUCCUUAUGUCUGGCUCCAUUGCGGAGAACAUUGCUUACGGCAAACCACAUGCAUCUCGAGCAGAAAUUACCGCCGCGGCAAGAAAAGCAAAUUGUCAAUUCAUCAGCGACUUCCCUGAUGGACUGGACACUUCAGUUGGUGCUCGUGGAGCUCAAUUAUCUGGAGGUCAGAAGCAAAGAAUUGCUAUUGCCCGAGCGCUCCUCAAGAAUCCUGAUAUUCUGAUUCUGGAUGAGGCUACUUCAGCAUUGGAUGCCGAAUCUGAGACACUGGUCAAUUCUGCCUUAGCUGCAUUGCUGAGAGGCCACAACACUACCAUCUCGAUUGCUCAUCGCCUGUCAACGAUCAAAAGAUCCGACCAUAUCAUUGUGCUCGGGAAUGAUGGAAAGGUGGCCGAGACUGGCACAUACAACGCUCUGUCAAACAACCCUGACUCGGCGUUCUCCAAAUUGAUGGAGUGGCAGAUGAGUGGUGGCGAUGCCGCUGACAAACGAACCACAGACCCAGAAGGACAUCUCACAGAAAGCGAGCAGAUCGCAGACGACCUAGCUCAUCUGGAAGAUGAUAGCGCAGACGAAAUCGACGAGGGGGUAGAGGUACGAAAAGCAGACCAGACCAAAACUGAAGCCGUUCUAGAGAAGGCAGGGAAGCAAGCGAAGUAA